CGCAGGCGCAGAGCGGGUCGUGGUGGCGGCGGCGGCGGCAGCGGCCGCCGGAGCAAGUUCUCCUCCCGGCCCUGCCGAGGGCGCCCAGGCCGCGAAGGCGGCGCUUUCAUGCCCCAGGAAGGAGCUGCGUCCGGGGGCGCUGAAGGAGGAGCGGACGGCAGACUUUUUCCCUCCCGAAGACCGUGCCGCGUCAGAACAAAUAAGGAAUGACCUAGUUUUUAAAGAGAAGUCCCCACUCCCCACCCCUUAUGUGUUUGUUUGGCACGGGAAAAUUUAGGAUAGUUUCUGAAGUUACUUGUGCAAACGUGAGGAAAAGUGUCAUCUGCAGUAAUAAACACACGGCUGUCUGUGUGUUUUGGCCUUAGAGAAACUGUCAAGCAUUAUAGUCUGCAAGAACUCUGACUUGCAACAAUUGUUCAGUCAUAGAGUACAUGCAGAAUAAUUUCAGAAUUGCUACAACCAUACCACUGUACAGAACAAGCCUUCUAAGUAAAGGAAAUAUAAUAGCAGCCAUGAUAGAAGACAAAGGUCCUCGAGUGACCGACUACUUUGUCGUGGCAGGCCUCACAGAUACAUCCACUCUUUUGGACCAAGAAAUAAAUCGUUUGGAUACUAAGUCGACUGGACCUAAAGCUCCAAUUACAGACAUUGCAGUUAUUAACAAAUCAGCUGGAGAAACAGUGCCUGAAGGUUACACCUGUGUUGAAGCCACUCCAUCAACUCUCCAAGCAAACUUGAACUAUGGAAGUCUAAAAAGCCCAGAACUUUUCCUGUGCUAUAAGAGAGGGAGAGAUAAACCCCCCCUUACCGACAUUGGAGUUUUAUAUGAAGGGAAAGAAAGGCUUAUUCCAGGAUGUGAAGUGAUCCAAGCCACACCCUAUGGUCGCUGUGCCAAUGUGAAUAAUAGUUCAACUACUUCACAAAGAAUCUUCAUCACUUAUCGAAGGGCUCCUCCAAUUCGACCCCAGAAUUCUUUGGCUGUAACUGAUAUCUGUGUCAUUGUAACCAGUAAAGGAGAAACCCCUCCUCAUACUUUCUGCAAAGUUGACAAAAACUUAAAUUGUGGAAUGUGGGGUUCUAGUGUGUUUCUCUGUUAUAAGAAGUCUGUGCCUGCUUCUAAUGCAAUAGCAUACAAAGCUGGUUUAAUUUUUAGAUAUCCAGAAGAUGACUAUGAGUCAUUUCCACUCUCAGAAUCCGUACCUCUCUUCUGCCUUCCUAUGGGAGCUACUAUUGAAUGUUGGGAUCCCCAAACCAAAUACCCACUUCCAGUGUUUUCAACUUUUGUUCUGACAGGUUCUUCUGCUGAAAAGGUAUAUGGAGCUGCCAUCCAGUUUUAUGAACCUUACUCUCGAGAACUUCUGACGGAGAAACAGCUUAUGCAGCUGGGCCUGUUGACGCCCGUGGAGAGAAAAAUGGUUUCCAAAUCCAUCAACUCAAACAAAUGCAUUUGUUUACUCUCACACUGGCCUUUUUUUGAAGCUUUUAGAAAAUUUCUCAUGUUUAUCUACAAACUUUCUGUGUCUGGACCACAUCCUCUUCCCAUUGAAAAGCACAUUUCUCAUUUUAUGCAAAAUAUCCCUUUUCCUUCACCACAAAGACCAAGAAUUCUUGUACAGCUGUCAGUCCAUGAUGCGUUAAUAUUAUCACAGCCAGUUUCUACACCUUUACCACUAAGUGGAGCCAACUUUAGCACCUUGUUGAUGAAUCUGGGUCCUGAGAACUGUGCAACACUGCUGCUCUUUGUCUUACUUGAGAGUAAGAUUCUGCUGCAUUCUCUUAGGCCAGCUGUGUUGACUGGGGUAGCUGAAGCUGUUGUAGCUAUGAUCUUCCCAUUUCAGUGGCAAUGCCCAUAUAUUCCCCUUUGCCCUCUUUCUCUGGCGGCAAUGCUCAGUGCACCUUUACCCUUUAUAGUUGGAAUUGAUUCAAGGUAUUUUGAUCUUCAUGACCCACCACAAGAUGUUGUUUGCAUUGACUUGGAUACAAACACGUUAUAUGUAUCAGAUGAAAAGAAGAACAUGAACUGGAAGCAGCUUCCCAAAAAGCCAUGUAAAAAUCUGCUUAGCACUUUGAAGAAAUUGUAUCCCCAACUAUCUUCAGUUCACCGAAAAACUCAAGAAGGUUCAGCAAUUGAGAUGACUCCAAUUGAAGCAGAUUUCUCCUGGCAAAAGAAGAUGACGCAACUUGAGAUGGAAAUUCAAGAGGCAUUUUUGCGCUUUAUGGCAUCCAUUUUAAAAGGAUAUAGGACAUAUCUCAGACCAAUCACAGAGGCGCCUUCAAAUAAGGCCACAGCUGCUGAUUCAUUGUUUGACCGACAGGGAUUUUUAAAAAGUCGAGAUCGUGCCUAUACAAAAUUCUAUACCCUUUUAUCCAAAACACAAAUUUUUAUUCGUUUUAUUGAAGAGUGUAGUUUUGUAAGCGAUAAAGAUACUGGAUUGGCAUUUUUUGAUGACUGCAUAGAAAAGUUGUUUCCUGAUAAAGGCACAGAGAAAACAGAUAAGGUUGAUUUUGAUUCAGCAGAAGAUACCAGAUUGAUAGAGCUAGAUGAUUCACAGAGAAGUGAGCACACUGUAUUCAUAAUGCCACCAGAGCCGCCACCUGAUGAUGGAAAGGACCUGACACCAAAGUACAGUUACAAAUACUUUCCAAGACUGGAUCUUAAGCUUUUUGACAGACCACAGGAACUGAAACUUUGUUUUAGUAGACACCCUACUGGGAAUAGCAUUACAAACAGUCCCGCUCUCAUGGCUAAGAGAACUAAACAGGAGAUAAAAACGGCUCAUAAGUUGGCAAAGAGAUGUUACACAAACCCACCGCAAUGGGCCAAGUGUCUCUUCAGUCAUUCUUACAGUUUAUGGUUUAUUUGUCUCCCAGCCUAUGUUAGAGUGUCUCAUCCUAAGGUCAGAGCACUUCAGCAGGCAUAUGAUGUUCUUAUUAAGAUGAGGAAAACAGAUGUGGAUCCAUUAGAUGAGGUGUGCUACCGAGUAGUGAUGCAGCUUUGUGGACUGUGGUGUCAUCCUGUUUUAGCAGUGAGAGUCUUAUUUGAAAUGAAAACUGCGAAGAUAAAGCCAAAUGCUAUUACUUAUGGUUAUUAUAAUAAGGUAGUUUUGGAGAGCCCGUGGCCUAGCAGUACCCGCAGUGGUGUCUUCUUAUGGACGAAGGUACGGAACGUGGUACAUGGCUUGGCACAGUUUAGGCAGCCGCUUAAAAAGACUGUGCAAAAGUCACAGGUCUCCUCAAUAUCAGUUCCUCAGAAUGCCACAGGUGGAAGUGAUGGGGACACGGUGAGCCACGGUAGUGUGGAUAGUUCUAAUGAUGCUAACAGUGGGGAGCACACAGUCUUCGUCAGAGAUUUAAUCAGGCUUGAUUCCAUUGAUAAUCACUCUAGCACAGGUGGUCAGUCUGACCAAGGCUAUGGGUCUAAGGAUGAAGUUUUAAAGGAUGAUGCAGAAAUUCAUGUGCCUGAAGAACAAGAAGCAAGAGAACUGAUAACUAAAACAAAAGUGCCAACAGAAGAGGUGUGUAAUGUCUCUGCUGUUGUGGCAACACACUCAGAAUUUAGUGCAGAGCCACCAAGUCCUACUGAACCUCCUGCGUGGGGCAGCAGUAUUGUGAAAGUUCCAUCUGGAAUAUUCGAUAUCAAUGGCAGGAAAAGUAGCACUGGUAGUACAUCAAAUGUGUUAUUUUCUGCACAAGAGCCAGUUGAAGAUACAGUGUUUGCUGAAGUUACUAAUCUUAAGAAGAACAGUGAUAAAGGAGAAAAAAGACAGCAUUUUCCAGAGAGGAGCUGUAGUUUUAGUUCAGAAAGUAGAGCAGGAAUGUUGCUUAAGAAGAGCAGUCUGGACUUGAAUUCAAGUGAAGUAGCUAUCAUGAUGGGAGCAGAUGCCAAGAUUCUCACAGCAGCACUAACAUGUCCAAAGACUUCUUCACUUCAUGGUGGAAGAACCCAGAGCUUUGAGAGUGUUAGCUGUCAUCUAGCUGAUACUAGGACUCAUGUAUCUGAAAACACUUGGGAUUCUGAGCACAGAUCUUCGGUGUUAGAGAUGCUUGAGGAAAGCCAGGAGCUCCUAGAACCUGUGGUUGAUGACAAAGUAGCUGACAAUACUAUGACAAAGGACACAUGUGAUGGUCUACAGAAUGAUGAUAGCAGCCAUCAGCCCAGAGACUUGAAAGCAGGGUCUAAAGAUCUAAUAAAUAAGAGAAGUAGUUUGUAUGGUGUUGCUAAAGCUGUUGAAAGGGAAGAUGUUGAAACUGGACUAGAUCCUUUGUCUCUUUUAGCCACUGAAUGUAUAGGAGAAAAAAUUCCUGAUUCUGAAGAUAAGUCAUUUUCUCCAGUUAUUGCACGCAAUCUGGCUGAUGAAAUUGAAAGCUAUAUGAACCUGAAGAGUCCCCUAGGGAGCAAGUCUGCUAGUAUGGAAUUACAUGGAGAGGGGAACAGAGAGAGUGCUGCUCCCACUGCAUUUACUUACCCUCUAGAGAGGAGAUCAAGCCUACCUUUAGGUGAUGGUCCACCAGCACAGGAAAGUCCUGGAAGUGAAGAGAGCUCCCCAGCAGUAUCUAGGUCUAAAACUUUGACUGGGCGGUUCAAGCAGCAAACUCCCUCUCGAGGUCAUAAAGAACGUUCUACGUCUUUAUCAGCACUGGUGCGCUCUUCACCACAUGGCUCAUUGGGUUCUGUGGUAAAUUCUUUGUCAGGGCUAAAGCUGGAUAAUAUACUGUCAGGACCCAAGAUAGAUGUUCUAAAAUCUGGCAUGAAACAAGCAGCAACAGUGGCCAGUAAGAUGUGGGUAGCUGUAGCAUCUGCCUACAACUACUCGGAUGAUGAGGAAGAAACUAAUAGAGAUUACAGCUUCCCAGCUGGCCUCGAAGACCAUAUUUUGGGGGAGAAUGUGUCACCUAACAUGAGUAUCUCAGGGCUGGUCCCCGGUGAACUGUCCCAGAGCAACACCAGCCUUGGCAGUAGUGGCAGCAGUGGGGAUGUAGGAAGACUGCAGUUCUCCACAGGUGAACUUCCAUUUCCUAGAGGCAUAAAAGGGCAGGACUUUGAAAAAUCAGACCAUGGGUCUUCUCAAAACACCAGCAUGUCUAGCAUCUAUCAGAAUUGUGCAUUGGAGGUUUUGAUGUCAAGUUGUUCACAGUGCAGAGCUUGUGGAGCUUUAGUUUAUGAUGAAGAAAUUAUGGCUGGAUGGACGGCAGAUGAUUCAAAUUUGAAUACAACUUGUCCAUUCUGUAAAAGCAACUUCUUGCCGCUUCUCAAUAUUGAAUUUAAAGACUUGAGAGGCUCUGCAAGCUUUUUUCUGAAACCAAGUACCUCUGGUGACAGUUUACAAAGUGGCAGCAUUGCACUGGUUGGUGAACCUUUGGAGCACAAACCUGUGUCCAGUUCAGCAGAGCCUGACUUGAUCAACUUUAUGGAUUUCCCAAAACAUAACCAGAUUAUAACUGAAGAGACAAGCUCUGCAGUUGAACCAAGUGAUGAAAUAAAGACAGCCACUGGAGAUGUCCAAACUAUGAAAUUUUCACCUGUGCCUAAUAGUUUGUCAAAGCGAAAUGUAUCUUUGACUCGAAGUCAUAGUGUUGGAGGUCCCUUGCAAAAUAUUGACUUUUCUCAGCGACCAUUUCAUGGCAUUUCAACAGUUAGUCUUCCAAACAGUCUGCAGGAAGUUGUGGAUCCUUUAGGAAAAAGACCCAAUCCUUCUCCUGUUUCUGUGCCCUACUUGAGUCCUCUAGUGCUUCGUAAAGAACUUGAAUCUUUGCUAGAAAAUGAAGGUGAUCAAGUGAUUCACACAUCCUCUUUCAUCAAUCAACAUCCAAUCAUUUUCUGGAACCUCAUUUGGUAUUUCAGACGUUUGGACCUUCCUAGUAACUUGCCAGGACUUAUCCUCACUUCUGAACAUUGUAAUGGAGGUGUACAGCUUCCUCUAUCAUCCCUGUCCCAGGAUAGCAAACUUGUGUAUAUUCAGCUGUUAUGGGAUAACAUCAACCUUCAUCAGGAACCAGGAGAACCUCUGUAUGUUUCAUGGAGGAAUUUUAAUUCUGAAAAAAAGAAAUUGUCUCUCCUGUCAGAGGAACAACAAGCAAUAAGCACUUUAGUAGAAACCAUCAGGCAGAGUAUUCAACAUAAUGAUGUUCUUAAACCCAUCAAUCUGCUUUCACAGCAAAUGAGGCCAGACAUGAAAAGACAAAGGAGUUUGUACAGAGAAAUCCUCUUCUUAUCAUUAGUGUCUCUUGGAAGAGAAAAUAUUGAUAUUGAGGCGUUUGACAAUGAAUAUGGACUUGCAUAUAAUAGUCUGUCUUCAGAAAUUCUUGAAAAGUUACAGAAAAUUGAUGCCCCACCAAGUAUCAGUGUGGAAUGGUGCAGGAAGUGUUUCGGAGCACCUCUCAUUUAAGUCACAUCCACUAAGUUUUUGAUACAGAAACCGGGGGGAUAGACUCAGUAACAUUCAAGGUCAAGGAACUCUUGGGACAAUAUAUAAUUCAUCCUGAAUCAUCUCAAAAUGUUAAAAUGCCACUGAAAUGACCCAGUGUCUAUUAAUGUUUUAAGAUUUUCAAAUUCUUAACUGUUUAUCUCUGCUUAAAAUUAUUUUUGGAUUUCUUGGUAUUUGUAGUAGUUUGCUAACAGGAAACCAUAUUCAUUCAUUGUCAUUUUAUUUGAAACUAUUAAGUUUAGGGAAUGGCAAAUUAAUGUAAACUUGCCUAACCUCAAAAUGAAUGAAAUUUCUCAUUAAAAACAACUAUUUGUUUAUGUGUGUAUAUAUGUGUGGCUGCAUAGGUAUGUGUACAUACAGCCAUAUUUAUUAAGAUUAAAAUUGCAUGUUGCAAUAGUUUCCUGAAAGGGGUCUCCAACUAUUAAAUAAAUGACUAUACCUAUACUCACCUGUAGUCAUUAAUCUAAAAGUUACCUUAAGUCUGAUGACAACUGCCUUGCCUAAUUGUCUUUAUACUUCAUGUUAUGAAUUAUCUUCCUCAAUGGAUUGUAUCUUAAAUAUCCAGUUAUUUCCUUUGGUCCACUUCCUAUUACUAUGUUAAUUUGCAACAGCUUUAAUAGGAAAUAAAUGCUCAAUCACAUAAAUCCAAGUGUGUAAAUCAAGUUAAAUCAGCUUUGUAACUCACAAGAUUAGAACAUGUCUAAAAUGCUGAUAUAUAUUGCCUUUGGACCUGAAAUUGUUCAGGCAUAUAAAUUGCUGCCAUUGGCCACUUUUAAAAACCUGUGGGAUAAACUUGCACUGCACACAAAUUUUCUAUCUUUGUAAUUUAGAUCUGUAUGCUUAUUAUUUGUGUAUUUGUAAAUAUUUUUAAAGGAAGAAUCAAUUGUCUUAAAACUUUAUUGAGCUUGUAGCUGUAGGUUCAAGAAAAUCAUGACCUCACAUGCCUCACUCUGACACUUACACUCCCUUAGGACCAGUAUAUCUGCCUUAAUUCUCUGCAUGUGCUUUUCAGUAAUUAUGCAGAUGAUUAAAUCAGUUGGAAAAAUUUCCAGGUGGUACAGUUAACAGCACAAAUCCCUUCCACUUGGUGUAAUCUUUGCAGAUUGUUACUGUACUAGUCUUUAAACAUUUCAGGGUUAAUCUGACAUACGGGGAGAUCUUGUUUCAAUUUAUUGUGAAAAUGCUUGUCAGAAAUUAUGUAUUCUCAUGUUGAAUGGAUCAUUUGCACUGUCUCAAGAGUAUAUAUUUUUGCAACUUAAGACUUGGUUUACUCUUAAUACUUACCACUUACUGUCCCAACAAAGUUUCAAAUUACCUUGCAUAUAAAAACUUUGUGGUGGAAUAAAAUGUUUCCUGUGCUUGUCUGUUACUUUAAGGCUUCUGAAAUGUGUAAAUUAAACCCUUUGUGAUGCUUAGAAUUCCAAUAUUUUUUCAUUUCUUCACUAGUUUUAACUUGGAACUUACUUACCAAAGCACUUCCUACUAAAAGGAAAACUUGUAGUGAACUUUAAUGUUGGCUAAUACUGUAUCGAUUCUAAAUUUCCUAGUAACUUAUUAAACUUUGCCAUUGUGUAAUGGAAACCUUUUAGCCUGUUGCUGUCAUUUAGAAAUAGGGGUGUGUGUUAAAACAGCUUUAAGGCCCUUUCUAGCAACUACCACAGUAAGGGCACUAAAAAUUUAGUGGCAGGGGUGAGAAACCUUGUUACUAAAUCACGUAUAGAAAGAUUUAGCAAUGUCUAGAAUGACUUAUGGCACCGAAUGUAACCUAAAUGCUCGUAACUUCUGAAAACAAGCUCUCGAGUAAGUUCAGAUUGUUGUUUGUUUGUACUGGUUUUGGGUAUUGAUUUAAAACUGGCUGCAAUUUGUAAGUUGAUUAUAGCAACCUGCAUGGUUAACUAGUGAUUGUUAAGAUGCCCGUGCCAUUGUGAUAUUCAGCUGUUGCCCACACAGGAUUGAACAUUAUUUUUGCAAUACAAGAUUGUUACUGUUUUAAAAAGUUCUCAAUCUUAAAUCUAGAAUUCAGGACUUAGACGAGUCUAGACUGGGCAGUUAUUUGCCUACUUUAAUGAGUCACUCCUUAAAACCAAGAAGCAGGAUGGUUCUCGAUUUGUGCAUUACCUCAACCAGAUACUGGUUAAUAGAUCCUGGGCUAUACAUGUCCUUAAAGUUACCCCCUAUAACUAUAGUAUGUCAUUCCUUUUUGUUUUGGGUAUCUUUUUAAAAUGCUACAUUUUCCUUUUUAAGUUCAAUUCACAAUGCCAAAACUGUUAAUACCACAUAUUAAGAGCAGUGGGGAUCUUUACAGUCAAGGACUGGUUACUGGCCUCAUCUGGGGACUUACUAGUAAUGAAGACCUAGGGCCCCAAACUACUAAAUCACAAUAUACCAUUUUAACAAAUUUACAUUAUGAAAUACUGCUUCAGUCUUUACGUUAAAACUAUUUGAAAAUUUUACUCACCUUUGUUUAAAACACACUCUACUAGCAAAGCAGCAGCUCCUUCACCCUUAACAUCCCAAUGUGCCUUUUUAAUACCCUUCUAGACUAUGAAGGUUGUAACAAAGGUUGAUUUUAACUGCAGUUUCUAUAGAAACUAGACAUAGUACAUGAGAAAAAACAUACUAUUUUGCAUCCUUCAUUGAUGACGUUUCUUAAAUAGGCAGUCAACUUUUCAGAGUGAAACAAAAAAGCAUGAACUCAAUAGAACUGAAAGGAUGUUAAUGAAGUUUGUAGUGGUUUUAAAAGCUUUUGAACCUUUUUAAAAUGCUAUCAUUAACUAUGCUUUUAACAAGUUUUUUUAAUAUAUGACAUGACAACAGCACUUUUUAUGUAUUAUGUACAGAUUUUUAAAGAAAAAAAUGUAUUCUUUAAAAUAAAGUGCAUAGAAGAUUAA